AUGGCCAUCAAGGAGAAGAGCGACGACUCCUCGUCGGGCAAGCCCGAGACUGUUGUGGCUUACGAUAACGCAGCCGACAACUCUCAGUCUGAAGAGGAUAUCCAGGCCGCGAGAGCACGGAUUCUCGAGCAGCAGGAGCUUCAAAAGACUGAGCCUCCUUUGGAAGAGAUUGCCACACAGCCAUCUGUUUAUGAUGAUCCCGCGCUCGCCAAGUACUUUCAACCGACCGAAAAGUACGAGAACUUGCAUCGCUUUGACCCAUCUGCGAGAUGGACUUGGGCAGAGGAGCUUCCUCUGAUCAACAAACUUGAUUGGAAGAUUACGGCUUGGGCCUGUGUUGCAUUCUUUGCUUUGGACCUGGAUAGAGGAAAUCUCAGCCAGGCCAACACUGACAACUUUCUGGAUGAUCUCGGCUUGAGCACCAACGAUUUCAACUUGGGCAACACUGUUUUCAGACUUUCGUUCUUGUGCGCUGAACUGCCUUCUCAACUUAUCAGCAAGAAGUUGGGACCUGAUCGAUGGAUUCCAACAAUUAUGUGUCUUUGGAGUGUUGUUGCAGCUUCUCAGUUCUGGCUGAGUGGUAGAACCAGUUUCUUGGUUUGCCGUGUUCUACUAGGACUACUCCAGGGAGGUUUCAUCCCUGAUUCGUACUUCUUCAAGGGCACAGAGUUGCCCUUCCGUCUGGCUCUAUUCUGGACAAGUCUGCGAGUCACCGACAUUGUUGCUCCAAUCCUAGCCUUUGGACUGCUGCGCCUCCGUGGUCUUCACGGCCAAGAAGGCUGGAGAUGGCUCUUCCUCCUUGAAGGUAUCCUCACCUUGCUAGUCGGCAUCUGGUCCUGGUUCACCAUGGUUGCCUCCCCAACCCAAACAAAGUCCUGGUGGAACAAGAAGGGAUGGUUCGACGAGCGUGAGGAGAUCAUCAUGGUCAACCGUAUCCUCAGGGACGACCCCUCUAAGGGCGACAUGCAUAACCGACAGGCCGUGAACUUUAAACUACUCUGGAAGUCUCUGUGCGACUAUGACUUGUGGCCGAUGUACAUCAUUGGUCUUACGUUCCUGAUUCCUACCGGACCUCCGGAUGCGUACCUGACUUUGACUCUUCGAAACAUUGGCUUUUCGACCUUUGAUUCGAAUCUGCUUACUAUUCCGACUCAGGUUCUUGGUGCCAUUACUAUGCUAGUCUUGACCUACUUUUCCGAGAUCUGGAACGAAAGAUCGCUGAUGGGUGUUUUCGCUCAAAUCUGGGUUCUUCCCACCCUGAUCGCCCUCUUGACCUUGCCAGACUCUGUUGGCUCAUGGGCCAAGUUUGCAGUUCUGACUGUGUUGCUAUCGUAUCCGUCAACACACGCUAUUCAGGUCGGUUGGUGUAGCCGAAACUCCAACACUGUCCGAACAAGAACUGUUUCUGCUGCUUUAUACAACAUGUUUGUUCAAGUUGGAGGAAUCAUUCACGCAAACAUCUACCGAGCUGAUGAUAGACCCCAUUACCGUCGUGGCAACAAACAACUUACAGCUAUUUGCGCUGCCAACAUUGUCAUCUAUCUACUUGGCAAGGGUUACUACAUCUGGCGCAACAAGCAGAGAGACCAAGCAUGGAAUGCGCUGAGCAAGGACGAGCAAAUUCACUACCUCGAGACUACGACGGAUGCUGGAAGCAAGCGCAAGGAUUUCCGUUUUGCUCACUAA